UAGUUGAGUACGAUAGGUUCAUCAACAUUUUAAAACAGUUUACUUGUGACUAUGGCUUCUCCGAGCGGUGAAAAAUUUAAACUGCCUGGUAGAUUUAGAAAUAUACCCAAGCAGCAAGGGAAUGAUUUGAAAGUGCUUGAAACUAAUUGCCAGUGAUUUCAAAUUUGUCACCUCUUUUUAGGGCAAGUUGAAUCAUUUUAAAGUACUUUCAAAUUACUUUUAAUUCUGAAAUGUCAUUGAAGACUAAUGAUUGAAAAUGAUUUAUAAAUUACCUCAAAUGAUUUAACAAAGUACUUUAAAGUAUUUUUCAAUCAUUUGAAGACCAAUGAUUGGCAAUGAUUUAUAAAUUACUUUAAAUGAUUUGAAUAAAGUAGCCUACUUUGAAGUACUUUUCUAUUACUUGAAGACCAAUGAUUGGAACUAAUUUACGAAUAAUUUAGAAUGAUUGGAGUGAACUGUUUUGAAGUACUUUGAAGUGAUUUGAAAGAGACAAUUAUAAUUACUUUAAAAUCAUUUACAAUAAUUUCAAGUUAUUGAAUUUUCCUAUAGGAAAAAGUGUAUGGAAUGAAUUUACUCCGUUGGUAACAGAACAUGAACCAGUGCAUUUGGGCCAGGGAUUUCCUGCGCCUAAAAAUGUUACAAAAAUUCUUGAAGACGUUGUUGCCGAUGGACAUCCUAUUCUCCAACAAUAUAAUAGAGGAUUUGGCCAUCCAAAAUUGGUGAGAACUCUCAGCAAACUAUACUCCAAGUUGAUUGGGAGAGCGAUCGAUGCUUUCUCAGAAAUUCUCAUCACAUGUGGAGCUUAUGGGGCUUUAUUCAGUUGCAUAGAAGGACAUACCAACCCUGGUGAUGAGUUCAUUAUAAUUGAGCCAUUCUUUGGCAGUUAUGAGCCUAUGAUUAUAGCUGCAGGGGGAAAACCAGUCUACAUUCGAAUACGACCGAAAGCAUAAUACCGCCUCAAAUGGACCAAUGACAUCGGCAGACUGGGUUCUGUAUCCAGAUGAGCUCGCAUCGAAAUUUAACUCAAAAACCAAAGCCAUCAUUGUCAAUACACCUCUCAAUCCCAUUGGAAAAGUAUUCACAGUGGAAGAGUUAACAGUCAUUGCCAAUCUGUGUAAAAAGUGGAACACGUUUUGCAUUUCGGAUGAGGUUUAUUAGUGGCUCACUUACCAGUCAAGUAAACAUGUGAGAAUAGGUAAAUUAUAUUAUUUGUAUCUCUAGUGAACUUACAAUAGCGAUAUGAAGGAACUGAAAAUUCCAGAGCAGCAGGAUAAAAAUUGAAAGCAGAUCUAAGGUCUACAUCUAGGCUCAAUAAUUUAUUAACAAUCUACACAAAUAAAAAUACAGUUAAUGUAGGUUGCUGCAGGAUUUUGUGUUACAAAAUUCACAGCCAUCACAAACACAUUAGUUGUGAUGUAUAGUGUAUAGUAAACUUCAAACGAUUUGUCUAUUACAUUCUUACAGUACCAUAUUCUAAUAUAGAGUGGAUUGUGAAUAUGAAAUGUAUUCAUGAACAAUAGUAUGACGAUUUUUCUCCUACAAUAAUAGUCUAUUCAUUGUGGAUAGAAUAAGAAGCACUUGUUACUUUGAUAAAAAAAAAAACAAUUAUACUGUAGGCCUACAAACAAACUCACUACCGUACCACACUCAUCCAUAUACAUUCUUAUCUCUCAAAACACUGUUAUUUGAGAAUUAUGAGAGAGACAAACACAUUUUUUCAUUCGCGAUAAUAAUUGAGAGAUAAUAUUUUAUUGCUUGAUUUCUCAAAUGUAUUAAAUAAUAGUUGCUGACUGAUUUUCUAGAACUUUCUUGAGUAGGUUUAUUAACAUUUGAAAUAAUUUAUUACUAGCGACUAUGGCUUCCCCGAGCGGAGAAAAGUUCAAACUACCUGGAAGAUUUGGAAAUAUAGGAAACAGUGUAUGGAAUGAAUUCACUCAGUUGGCAAUAGAACAUAGACCAGUGCACUUGGCCCAAGGAUUUCCAGACUUUCCAGCACCUAAACAUGUGACACAAACUCUUGAAGACGUUGUUGUCAAUGGAAAUCCUCUUCUCCAGCAGUAUACCAGAGGAUUUGGCCAUCCGAAAUUGGUGAGAACUCUCAGCAAACUAUACUCCAAGUUGAUUGGGAGAGAGAUCGAUGCUUUCUCAGAAAUACUCAUUACAUGUGGAGCUUAUGGGGCUUUAUUCAGUUGCAUAGAAGGACAUACUAACCCUGGUGAUGAGUUUAUCAUAAUUGAGCCAUUCUUUGACAGUUAUGAGCCUACGAUUUCAGCUGCAGGAGGAAAACCAGUCUACAUCCCACUACGACCGAAACCAAAUAAUGACUCGGAUGGUCCAAUGACAUCAGCAGACUGGGUUUUGGAUCCAGAUGAGCUAGCAUCAAAAUUCAACUCAAAAACCAAAGCCAUCAUUGUCAAUACACCUCUCAAUCCCAUUGGAAAAGUAUUCUCAGUGGAAGAGUUAACAGUCAUUGCCAAUCUGUGUAAAAAAUGGAACACGCUUUGCAUUUCGGAUGAGGUUUAUGAAUGGAUCACUUACCAGCCAAGUAAACAUGUGAGAAUAGCUUCACUACCAGACAUGUGGAAACGCACCAUCACCAUUGGAACAGCGGGGAAAACGUUGGGUGUCACUGGGUGGAAAGUGGGAUGGGCUUAUGGACCUGCCAACCUCUUGGAGAACCUUCGAAUCGUGGCUCAAAACUGUGUCAACUCAUGCGCCACUCCGCUUCAAGAAGCAGUUGCGAGAUGUUUGGAACUCGAAAUGACUAGGAUGGACAGCGCAGAUAGCAUUUUCAAGAAGAACGCGUCCAAUUAUGAGUCAAAACGAGACUUUCUUGUCAAUACACUCACACAGAUUGGCAUGAAACCGAUUAUUCCCGAGGGCGGCUAUUUCAUAGUGGCUGAUUGGUCAUCUCUAGAAAGCUCAGUUGACCUGUCAAAAGAAACGGAUAAGUACAAAGACUUCAGGUUUGCUAAGUAUUUAACGAAAAACGUUGGUCUGCUGGGAAUUCCUCCCUCGGCAUUCUACAGUGAGCCUAAUAAACAAUUGGCUUCUACCUUGAUACGUUUUUGUUUUGUCAAGGAGGAAGAGACUCUCCAAAAAGCAGCAAAAAUUCUACAUGAUUGGAGAACACAAAAAUAAUGCAAGAUCUGUAAAUAUUAAAAAUGUUAUAAUGAGAAA